AGGAUAAAUAGAGAUCCUCCUCCGACGGUAGAGCAGUGCGGUUUUAGAAGAGGGACGAUGCUCACAGUACUGCUUGUGAUCUCGGCCAUAGCUGCCUGCGCCAAGGGAGCAGCGAAAAUUCCAGAAGACAUGAAAGAAAUGGCACAGGCGCUUCGUGACAACUGUAUCGAAGAGACAGGAGUAGACCCUUCACUUCUCGGGCCUUGCGAGAAUGGAAAUUUUGCUGAUGACCCAAAACUGAAGUGUUACUUCAAGUGUGUUUUUGGACAAAUGGGCGCCAUCACAGAGGAUGACGAGCUAGACGCUGACGCUUUCGAAUCCAUACUUCCACCUGAACUCUCCGUUCUGGGCAAGUCCAUAAUGGCAUGCAAAGACACUAAAGGAUCAGACGGCUGCGACAUGGCCAUGAAAUUCAACCAGUGCAUCUACGGAAAAGAUCCUGCUAAUUUCCUCGUCAUUUGAUUUACCCCACAUGCGGCCACCUAUUGCAAAUUGUAAUGUAUGACUAGUUUUGAAUCUUGUCAAUAAAUAUUCUUUUUGUUCAUUCAA